AUGUCUAUGUUCUGCAAUAUUGUGUGGGGUGGAGUCGUAGGAAAUGACGUAGGCAGAAGUUGGGGGUAGUGCGCUGCUACUCGAGAAGGGGAGAUUGCUUCCCUGAAAUCUGUUUUUACCUUGUAAACUGUGUUCCUGGUUGCCAUCCUUCGUUGCUCCUAGUGUUAAGUUCGUGACUGCAAACUGCUGGCAACACUGAGCAUCUAGGUGGCAAUAAAACACCUGGCGGUGACAAUCCAGCAAAGUGGAAGCCUGUUGUCCUCCUUCUUGUAUCCUGACCGAUACACCAUCUUGUUAGCUGCUGAACCUGAAAGAACUAGUCCUCACCAAGUACUCCUCAAUACACUGCUUUGCACUCAGUUUGCCAUUUUGUAACACACACUUUCCAAACCUGUAGCUACAAUUCACUGCACAACACUCUUUUUGCAGAACUGUAAACACAACUCACUGCUUUACACUCAAUUACCAAAUUUCCAACACACUCCUAGCAAAAUUAUACACAUGUAUGGCUAUCAUUAAGACUAUUUUGCCAACUGUCUGGCACACUUUCACAUGUGAAAACUGUUUUAGAUAAUUAGUCCACUUUGCAAUCAGCCUAAGCACUAUAAACAGGCCACAGGUAAGCUGUCUAUGUGGAGUACAAUGGAAGGAGCAGCAAGAGUGAGAAUCAGAGGAGGCCGAGGGAGAGGACGUGGAGGUGAAGAAGUUGGAGGGAGAGGACGUGGAGGUGAAGAAGUUGGAGGAAGAGGACGUGGAGAAGCAAGAAGAGGACGAGGAGGGGAAAGAGGAAGGGUAAGAAGAGUAAGAAACAGAAUAACUGAUGACAUCAGAGCUACAAUAGUGGACCAUGUCAUCAACCAUGGGAUGACCCUGAGGGAAGCUGGCCAACGGGUCCAGCCUAAACUGAGCCGCUACACUGUGGCAGGCAUCAUUAGGACAUUUCGAAAUGAAAAUCGAAUUGCUAGACGUCCAGCUGUUGGGGGCAGAGGCAGAAUGUUCACUCCAGAGCAAGAGACCCAUAUAGUGAACAUGGUGAUUGCCAAUAAUGCAAUAAGACUUCGCGAAAUACAGCAGCUCAUAAUUGAUAAUGACACCAUCUUUCAAAAUAUACACAGUGCAAGCAUUUCUGCACUAAGUCGUGUACUUGCGCGCCACAGAAUAAGAAUGAAGCAAAUUUACAGAGUUCCUUUCGAGAGAAACACAGAACGUGUAAAGCAACUGCGAUAUGACUAUGUGCAGAGAGUGAUGGAACUAGAAGCAGAUGCAAUGGGACAUGAGCUACUGUUUGUGGAUGAGGCCGGUUUUAACCUCAGUAAAACCAGGAGACGUGGCAGGAACAUUAUUGGACACCGUGCCAUCAUCAAUGUCCCAGGACAGCGUGGUGGUAACAUAACCAUGUGUGCAGCUAUAAGCCAAAAUGGUGUUGUUCACCUGUUACGACCCCCUCUGCUAGGCGUCAGGGGAGGAGUAACAUACACAAGCCCCCACACAAACUGAGUAAAGUAAAAGGUUUUAAUUUCAAACUUUAAACCAAAAACCGACAGGGCUGUUCAACAGACCACUGGGCAAACAAUUAUUACAUAACGAAGAAAACAGUCAGGCGUAAAAGCUAAGGGUUAACUAAGGCAAGCCAGCAUCACAAAACUCUAAUGAAACUAAGUUCAGCUGUAUGUCAGGUUUAAACAGAGCGACACAGCGAACAGGUUUUAACAAACGAGCUUCACAUGCAAAGCAGACAAGGAGGCCACUGCGUGUUCACUUCAGAGCAGCAGUUCCCCAUAGUGUGAAGGAUCUUCAGCCUUUUAUACUCCCAGGUGCAGACAAUCAGCCAGUCAAUUGGUCUUGGGGUGGUCAUGGAAUCUCCAGGCAGCCAAUCGUCCGCGAGGUCUGGCACACUGCGAUCUGCAUAAAAGAAGGCUGGCCCGGGCCUCCCAGUAACCAAUCACCCACAAGUCAUGGCACACACGGAUUCGCAUGAACACAAAUAGGCAGUCUCACUCCCUCCGAGGCCCAGGGCCGUAACAACCAUAGGCCCAUACAACACUGCACACAUUAUUGCAUUCCUGGACACCUUGCAUGACAUGCUCACUGUUCAGAGACCAGAGCAGACCCGAUAUGUCAUCAUAUGGGACAAUGUUAGUUUCCAUAGGGCUGCUUUGGUCGGCAACUGGUUUACAGACCACCCAUCCUUCAUGGCACUCAACCUCCCUCCAUACUCCCCAUUCUUAAAUCCCAUCGAGGAGUUCUUCUCUGCCUGGCGCUGGAAAGUGUACGACCGUCAUCCUCAUCAACAGGUAGCCCUUUUACAGGCAAUGGAGGAGGCAUGUGGAGAUAUUGACCAGGCAUCAUGUCAGGCCUGGAUACGGCAUUCAAGGAGAUAUUUUCCCCGGUGCCUUGGACUGGAGGAUAUCGCAUGCGAUGUGGACGAAAUUUUGUGGCCGGACCCAGAAAGACGACAUGAUGUAGGCUGAUUGUCUUUUUUCCCCCUUUUUUUUUUUUUUGUGAAAUUCCUAUUUUGUGUUGUGACUUUGUCUUGGUUUUGAUGAGUGUGAAUAAACACAAUACUUGAAGUUUGG